AUGAAUAUCGAAGGUCAUGUCAGAAACUUUGAAACACAUGAACUACCAGCAAUGUUAGAUAAGAAAGCAGAUAAAGAACAUACACAUAACUCCUUCUCAACUGUUGCUAUAGAAAGUAUUGAAGGAACGGUUGGCGGAACUGGUGGGGAUGCAUUAUAUUAUAAACCUCCUAACUUUCCACAAGGUUUAACAUCGAAUGAAAACAUAACAACGAAGAAAGAAAUUAGCUGUAAAAAUGUUUAUGUCAUGGAUGAUGAAAAUAAUGUUAAAUUCACUGCUCAAGAUUUAUAUGAUAAGAAAGCAGACAAAACAGAGCUUCAAACAUUAAAGACUGAAAUACUUCAAACAUUAUAUCCUAUAGGCUCUAUUUAUACGUCAAUGAAUUCAACAAAUCCAGCAAGUGUUUUAGGUUUUGGUACAUGGCAGCAGAUUGUAGACAAAUUCUUAUACUGUGCUAACUCUUCAAAGCAAACAGGAGGUUCGAAGAAAAUUACUGAAGCAAACUUACCUGCGCACACUCAUACAGGAACGACAAACUUUUCUGGCGACCAUAGCCACUCAUUAAGAGACCACCCAUUAUACAACUCAGAAUAUAAAGCUGGCAAUGAUGUUUUAUCUCCAUCUUAUAACAAUGCAGCAAAAAAGAUUUUUCGACCAACUGAACCAGGAGGAAAUCAUUCACACACUUUCACAACAAAUCCAACAGGCUCGGGUGAAGAUUACAUGCCACCAUUUGUGACUGUAUUCGCAUGGUACCGCGUUCAAUGA